ACGUCCCGCAGAGAGCACACGAGCGUCACGGAUUCCUGACUUGAAUCAGAACAGCUCUGCAGAUCGAGAUGUGAUGGAUUCCACUAGCAGAGAUGGCUGAGAUUCAUCAAGCCAUCAUAAGCAUUCAAAACUAGAAACAGCGAUUGAACAAGAGCGUUGAAAAGAGAAGAGACAUUGGAGAAUGUUGAGAAUGCUGCUUCCUUCAGCUGUGUGUGUGUUUGUGAUUCGUGCUGGGAGGUAGCAGUUGAAUCUGACAUGAUGCCUGGACAAAUCCCAGAACCUUCUCUAAACGCAGGUGCUCUCCCUAGUCUGGGACCACUGGCGGAAAUCCAUGCUACCACACUAACAGACCAGUUUAAACCAGACCGGCUCAAACUGGCUGAGAUCACGUUCUCUCCUCUGAAGAGAUCCCUUAGCUGCGUCACGGCCGAGAUGGAUGAAGAGGAGGAGAGGAGAAAAAGAAGACGAGAGAAAAACAAAGUGGCAGCCGCUCGUUGUCGGAACAAAAAGAAAGAGAGAACAGACUUCCUCCAAAAAGAGGCAGAGCGUCUAGAAGUCGUAAACACAGGGCUGAAGGGACAGAUUGAAGAACUCAGACAAGAGCGACAGCAGUUGAUCCACAUGUUAAACCUCCACAGGCCGACCUGUAUUGUGCGCACAGACAGCAUCAAAUCCACGGACAGCGAAGACCAUUCCCCCCUCCGCCCGCCCAACACGCCGUAAACCACUGUCACUACAGAACCGCGUUUAAACGGGCAGGUGGUGGUUGUAACGUUUUCUGUGUAUGAAAACCAAAGUCAGCCAAACACCUCUCUACAAGCUUGUGCCUGCUGCCAAAGUUUGCUAAUAUUUGUUACCAAUUUUUUUAAAAAACUGUGGGACGGGACACACAUAUUUGAAGAGUUUUUUUUUUUUAUGGUGACUUUUGUUGGUUUGCCAAUAUGCCUCUCCACCUGCCAAUGGUGAACUAAAGCCGAAAAUUUGCAGUCGGUGAACAGCAACCGUAGAGGGCUUGAAGUAGCCUGUGUUGGGACUUUUGUGCCAAAUAGAGCAGGACGCGCUGACAAAAAGCAGAACUUGACUGUGAUCUGACUGAGAUUGUGAACUAAACCAAAACUCUACACACAUCUGUCUUAUCCAAAAAGAUAUCAGGGAAUUACCUGUUCAUUCUUAUGUAGCUGUUAUUACUUAAGAGUAGCUCCACCCAUAAACGCCGCGGGAACUGGCUAAACUGGUGGUGCAACACUAAGUUCACGUGCUGCUCUAUUACUGGCUGACAGCUUGAAGAGUGGGCGUAUCUGGUGUCAAUUAUUGGCUGACAACUUGAAGAGUGGGUGUAUCUGGAAUCUUAUUGUACUUGCAUUACUUAACCUAGCUCAAAAUAUACGGGUCUGCGAUUGUAUAUGUUCCUAUAUACUGGUUGGAGACAUAAAUACUAUUUUUUUUAUAAGUUACCUUGAUGUGGGAGUCUCUGGUAGAUCCUUUUUACCGAUGCUGGUCAUCAUGUAAAACAUUUUCUGUAUCUAUUGUUUACACUGUAUAUAUUUUUGUCAUAAUUUUAUACCGCAUACCUUUUUUAGAGAUGUUAAAGUUAAAUGUUAUGACAUCAGCGGAUGUGAGGAAGUAAUUUACAUCACAUCCAAACCUCUCCACUCUGUCCAGCUGCCACUGACUAGCCAUUUAGCUUACUGAAUGCACUUCCUUGUCAUUCACUCAAAACGAAUAAACAGUAUUGCUCAUUAA